AUGGCCGUUCCGUAUUGGUUCUGCUUUAUUUUGUCACUGGGAUUUAUAUAUUGCUACGAAAAUCUGAGCAGAAGAUCGACAACAACUCUAUCACAGAGCUCGACCCACGAUGAUCGAUUUGCAUAUUAUGCCAAUGAUAAUGACUUGCGGACAAAAUAUGCCCGGUGUGCCCACACUGAUGCAAACAAACAUAUAGCCUGGUUUCAAGUGGAUCUUGGAAAAGAAUUUAGUAUAAAAAACGUUAAAGUAUAUUAUAGAAAAGAAGAAGCAAAGUAUAAUUGGUUACAAUACAGAUUUAAACAUUUUUAUCUGGACGUCUCUAACUCAUCAGCUACAAUGACUAACACGUCAGAGAGAACUCGAUGUUAUACCGACCGAUCCACGGGAUUACCUGACUAUAUAAUAGACAUUCCAUGUAAACAAACGGCAAGAUACGUCAUUGUAGAAACAACAUAUGAUGCUCCUGAAGAUGAUCCUGUAACUGGAGCCUUCUUGGAAAUUUGUGAAAUACAGGUUAACGGAUGCGAGAUUGGCAAGUAUGGUGAUGGAUGUCGAGAUUGCAGUGGAUGUCGAACAUGUGACGUCAUUAGCGGUGUCUGCCCAUCGGUACCCUGCAGUGUUAAUUGCAUCAGUGGAUUAUGUGAUUCCACGACUGGAUAUUGUACCCAAGGCUGUGUUAACGGAUCCUGGGGAAAAACGUGUACAUCAAUCUGUCCACAAAACUGUCAAGAUGGAAGUUGUGAUAGGACCAGUGGUUACUGUAACGGCUGUAGUAAUAACUACUGGGGACAAACGUGUAACACUUCUUGUCCACAAAACUGUAACAGGGGUGUGUGUGAUCGAACGAAUGGAUCUUGUUAUAAUGGCUGUACACAAGGACGGUAUGGAUUGCAAUGUGAAAAUACUUGUAACGCAAAAUGUUCGGGGAACGCUUGUAUACAGAACAGCGGAGUAUGUACGAACGGAUGUUCUGAUUUUUAUUAUGGAGAUACAUGUGAGUACGAGUGUAGUCCUUACUGUAGUCCCAGACGUUGUGACAGAUAUAACGGUACAUGUACUGGAUGUAGCAGCGGCUAUUCUGGUUCGUCUUGCCGAGACAACUGUAGCGUAAACUGUGCUGAGGGAACGUGUGAUCAACAGACGGGAAAAUGUCACGGAGGAUGUAAACCAAACUGGACCGGGGACCAAUGUGACAAGUGCAGCUCAGAUCAUUAUGGUCAGUCAUGUGAUCAACGAUGUAGCUCACAUUGUGUAAAUGGAAUCUGCUUUUCAAACAACGGGACGUGCGUGGGUGGAUGUACUGGUGCAUUAAGUAAUGACAAGUGUACCCAAGAAAAUGUGCAACCCUUUACCACUGAAUGUGACAACAGCAUGGUCAUCGUCAGUAUUGUAAUGUCUGUUGUCAUUGUUCUCACAGGAAGUGUCGUAAACUUCCUGUUGUGGAGGAGAAACCAGUCCCAGAAUGUAAAAAGAAGAUUAAAAGAAAAAUCUAAUAGCCACACUACAGUGCACGGACUUUCAGACAUACCAAACAGCGAAAACCAGGUUAUAUCCUCUUAUGCAGAACUCGGAUACCUCGACAGACCGAACACAUACGAAGCCCUCCACCAAUAUGCCAACGCUGUUUAAAAGAAUGAGACCUGGAUUUGUAUGCUUAUAGAUCAAAAUAAAACUGUAUACUAGUAUUUGAACACUCUCAUCGAAGACAAUGACAGGUGCUACUGCAUCACAUGUGAAUAUUAUGUUAUAGAAACAUGUUUGGCUUUGAAUACAUUCUACGGAAACUCAAAAUCCAAUAACAAUACUCAUGUUUGCUUCAUUUGCAUACCACUAAGAUAUUACCACAACAUUUUAUGAAUCAAUUUAGCUUCUUCAAUGCAAAUUGUUUUAUAAGCAUUGACGGUUGUUUUUUUUUUUAAUGCGUGUGGGAAACAUCUGAUAGACAAAGGCUCUAUUGUCCGCUUUCAGAUUGCCAGUUCGCUCUGAUAGGGCCCAGGAGUACCCCAAGUUCCAUGAUCUGGGGUAAAGCUAAUGUAAUCUUGAAGUACACAUUCUGCAUUUAAUUUGGGAAGAAUUGUUUGUGUUUUUAAACUUCAUCCAAUCAUGUUUAGUAUUUUUCAUAGACAGUCUUGUGUGACGUACGUUUUUGUUAUGUUUUCUCUGAACUUCCUCGGUAUACAUGAUGUAGCACUUAUAAGUUUGAAAUCUUUCGAACUGCAUCUGCUGAUUUUAAUAUGAAUCAUUUUAAGUUCCGCUGCGAUUUUAACUGGAUACAUUUAAUACUGAUUCCGUAAAAAAUGACAUUUCAGAUAAUUAUAACUUUUUUUUUUUUGAAAAAAUUAAAGUGUUCUUAAACAAGCUGUAGUAUUAUUAAGGAUGUUUAAAGGAAUGUUCAAAUUAAUUUUUUCCUUUGAGUUUCCGAUUUUAAAUAAAAUAUUCCCUAAUAUUUUU